AUGAUGACGCUUGCUCCCAAUUUAAUAAAAAAAGCAAAUAUCGGUGCAAUUAUCCCAAGCAACAUUUACGUUGUAGAGCAAAGUCUGUUUGCCGUUGCACGGAAGCGCUCUGGGUCCAAGGUGAGGCCUGAUCAACGAACGAGGACAAGUUACAAGUUCAGAGAGAAGAAGUUUUGGAAGGAGUGGGAGGAGUUUUACAAUAAGAAGACCGAUACCUACUGGGCGGAUGAGUAUCCUAUAGAAUGGAGUCUGACUGUACGACCCAUCCUUGCUCACUUGUAUCGGGCGGGUAUCGUAGCCCCAUUCAACGCCCAACCGAACCCUGAAGUCGUCCUGGACACAGCAACAGCAGAAAAGGAGCCUCACCGUCUUGAAGAACUCGACCUCUUCAUCAACUACGAAGACAAAAACGGCAACUUCCCACAGGAUUUCCCACACAGAAGAUGA